UGCUCCAUGAUUUAGUAUGGGGAAGACGAGGCACAGUGACAUGGCUCUUCUUUGGGUGUGGUGCCUCGCCCUUCUGGUAACACUGGUCACCGCCACGCCGCUACCUCAGGAUGCCAAAGACCACGCUAACUACGAGUUCCAGUACGGCGUGAGUGACAGCCGCUCUGGCAACGAAUACGGCCAGCAGGAGUCACGCGUGGGCCAGGACACCCGAGGCUCCUACCGUGUGCUGCUUCCCGACGGCCGCGUGCAGGUGGUCAACUACUACGUGAGCGGCGACUCUGGUUUCGUGGCGGAGGUGACUUAUGAGUAUGUCUCCUGACGCGGCCAGUAUUCUUAAACGCUUUGCUCUCUCACCAUCCAAAGGUUUUAUAGUUGAUGUUCAUGUUUUUAAGUGUUUUUUCAUGGUUCCGGUGAUGGACUGGUACGACUUCUACAUUACUAUAAGGAGAGACUAUCUUGAAAACUCGGCUAGUCGUCUCUGUGGCCUCGGAAAACUGUCGUGGUGAGAUAAGAGGACGUUUCUGAAUAUGGACUCAAGUACUAAUCAGACCCCGCGUUGGUUAACCUCGCUGAUUGGACGGAAAGCGGCACAUUCACCGUGGUAGGAUCUAUUGUCUUCUUUGUUCCAGUUUUUACUUCGGUAAUGUGCGCAUGCGGUGUCUCUAUGUCUUGUUACAGCGCUUCGUUGUUCAGUUUUAUUCAUAGUACAAUCAUGUUGCUGAGUUUUGCUGUUUCUUAGUGUUAAGUGGCGAGAUGAAGGAAAAAUACUGGUAGUGAUAGCAAACUAAAUAAACAAGAGUAAAUAAAAUAAGAUAAAUAUGUAUGUAAAAUAAAACAGGUCAUUAAAGAAAGAAAAAAAUAGGAGAAAAUGAAA